AUGCCAAGAUCUUCUCGUACAGGUGAGCUAAUCUUUGAUCCAGAGAUUGAGAAAACAGCAAAGGCGAAUAGGAAGGCAAAAAGACAAGAGGACAACCUUCAAACCUCAACACUUUGCAGUAGUGGCUUUGAAAGUGAUGAAGAAGUAGUUUUUGAAGAGGAGGAAAUGGAGGAACAAAGGACACUAAGGGAGUUAGCAACUCCUGACAUGAACCAACAACCUUUAUGCAUUGAAUUUCCUAAUAUUAAUGUAGCUUUUGAAUUAAAAUCGGGACUGAUUCAUUUGUUGCCUCCCUUUCAUGGCCUUGUAGGUGAGGACCCCCACAAACACCUGAAGGAAUUCCAUGUAGUUUGUUCAACUAUGAAGCCACAAGGAGUGACGGAGGAACAAAUAAAAUUGAGAGCUUUCCCAUUCUCGUUGGCGGACAAAGCAAAAGACUGGCUUUACUACCUUCCUUCGGGAUCAAUAAGAACAUGGAAUGAUUUGAAGAGGAAGUUCCUAGAAAAGUUCUUUCCAGCUUCAAGAGCUGGAACAAUUCGAAAGGAAAUUAGCGGGAUCCGUCAAUACAAUGGAGAGACUUUGUACGAGUAUUGGGAGUGAUUUAAUCAGCUAUGCGCGAGUUGCCCACACUACCAAAUUCCUGAUCAGUUAUUGUUGCAGUAUUUUUAUGAAAGACUAUUGCCUAUGGAUCGAAACAUGAUAGACGCUCCAAGUGGAGGAGCACUUGUGGAAGAGACACCUGAGGCAGCAAGAGAUUUAAUCUCGAAAAUGGCAGCCAACUCGCAGCAAUUUGGAGUAAGGAUAGACCAUACGCUUAAAAAGGUAAAUGAGGUAAGAAUUUCUAAUAUUGAGACUCAACUUUCAGAACUAACCUCUCUUGUUAGACAAGUUGCUUUAGGACAGGUUCAGAAUUCCAGAGUAUGUGGUAUUUGCUCAGUUCAAGAACAUUCCACUGAUAUGUGCCCACAACUACAAGAAGACGCGAUUCCUCAAGUAAAUGCAGUAAACGGGUUUGUUAAUCAACCAAGGAAGUAUGAUCCUUAUGCAAAUCAAUACAAUCCUGGUUGGAGAGACCACCCGAACUUGAGAUAUGGGCAACCUAAUAAUCGGCCACAACAUCAGUUUGAAACAAGAGCUAGCCUCCAAAAUUUAGAAACCCAAAUUUCACAGCUUGCAUCUUCCGUGAGUAAAAUUGAAGCGAACAAGGGAAAGUUGCCAUCUCAAGCGGAGAUUAACCCAAGAGAGAAUGCUAGCGCCAUGAUUCUUCGAAGUGGCAAAGAAGUGCAGACUACCACGCCUAAUUUGGUAGAACAUAAGGGAAACAAAAAGGAAACAAAACCUAUAAUCGUAGAUGCACAAACUGAAGAGGUAAGUAGUAAACCCAUUGUUCCCCAGUCAAAAAUACUAAUUACACCUCCUUUCCCUAGCAGAUUGGCGAAAACAAAAAAAGAAGAGACAGAGCAAGAAAUUUUGGAGACCUUUCGAAAGGUUGAAAUCAACAUUCCAUUGUUGGAUGCAAUCAAGCAAGUGCCGCGAUAUGCCAAAUUUCUCAAGGAACUGUGCACCAACAAAAAGAAGCUGAAAACUAAUGAGAAAAUAAGUGUUGGUGAGAAUGUGUCUGCGAUAAUCCAAAGGAAAUUGCCUCAAAAAUGCAAGGAUCCAGGUAUGUUCACUAUACCAUGUGUAAUUGGCAAAAAUAAGGUAGAAAAAGCUAUGCUUGAUUUGGGAGCAUCGAUUAAUGUUAUGCCACUUUCAAUUUAUAAGGCUUUGAAUUUAGGACCUUUGAAAGAAACAAGGGUAGUAAUUCAAUUAGCGGAUAGGUCUAAUUCAUAUCCUGAAGGCAUUGUAGAGGAUGUUUUAGUUAGAGUAAAUGAGCUUAUUUUUCCUGUGGAUUUUUAUAUCAUUGACAUGGAUGAUGAUUUUGCUUCAAAUUCAACUCGUAUAUUAUUAGGCCGACCAUUUAUGAAAACGGCAAGAACUAAGAUUGAUGUGCACAAAGGUACUUUAUCUUUAGAAUUUGAUGGAGAAGUAGUAACAUUUAACAUCUUUGAUGCUAUGAAAUAUCCAAAAAAUUUUGAAUCUGUUUUUUUUGUUGAUGUGAUUGACCCAAUUGUGCAAGAUGAUUUUGAGCAGAACUUUGUGAAAGAUGAGUUGGAUUUUGUGUUGAAGCAUAACAAGACAGAUAAAGAUUUAAAGCUGGAAAAUAAUGAUGACAUAAAAGAAGCAAUUAUGUCUUUGCAUUCGCUACCCAAAAUGCCCAGCAGGUUACAGGCCCCAAAACUGGAAUUGAAGUCUUUACCCAAGCAUUUGAAGUAUGUGUAUUUGAGAGAGAAUGAAACCUUACCGGUGAUCAUUGCAAAUGAUUUAACUGGAAACCAGGAGGAAAAGUUAUUACAGGUUUUGAAGGAGCAUAAGACAGCAAUUGGGUGGACAUUGGCAAACAUAAAGGGGAUCAGCCCUUCAGUUUGUAUGCAUCGAAUCUUACUUGAAAAUGACGCCA